UGUUUAAUUAAAAUAUAAAAGUUGGCCAACCGGGUGUUUUGAGAACAAAAACCCUGAGGCACUAAACCCUCUCCUCUCCACUGCCACCGUUUUCCCUUUUUUGUUUCAUUCCCUUACGCCGGAUUGCAAAGGAAGCUCUCUCGCCGCCUUACCUGAUUAUUGGGGUUUUCUGUGGAGUUUGCAGGACGCUUGUGAGGUAUUAUUGUAUUUGGAAGCCAAGAUGCAGGCUUGUGGUGGAGCUGCAGCGAUGGGUUCUCUUCAACAACCCACUUGGACAAAGGGAAUAGCUUUUCCCAACAAAGGGCUUAGCUUUACCGGAUAUUCACAUCAGCUGAAGCUCAAUCGUGUGAAGCCCGGUACCGGUACUGCUAGAUAUUCUUCUUACAUUGAAGGAAGCUUGACUGCUGGAAGGCCAUCUUCUUCUGUCUCCGUGCCCUUGCCUGAAAUCGGAGGUAGUGGAAGCAGUUUUGUGGACAAUGGGUUAAGUGAGGCUGACCCUGAGGUACGUGCAAUUAUUACAAAGGAGAAGGAGCGUCAGCUCAAGAGCCUUGAGCUUAUUGCCUCUGAAAAUUUUACUUACCGGGCAGUGAUGGAGGCAGUCGGCUCAUGUCUCACAAACAAGUAUUCAGAAGGAUUACCAGGUAAAAGGUACUACGGUGGCAAUGAGCACAUUGAUGAGCUUGAAACACUAUGCCAAAAAAGGGCUUUGGAUGCAUUUCACUUAGACGGAAAGAAGUGGGGUGUUAAUGUUCAACCAUUAUCUGGUUCUCCUGCUAAUUUCGAAGUUUAUACAGCAAUUCUUAAACCUCAUGACCGUCUCAUGGGUUUGGACUUGUCUCAUGGGGGACAUUUGUCUCAUGGUUUCAUGACUCCUAAACGGCGGGUAUCAGGCACAUCCAUAUAUUUUGAGUCCAUGUCUUAUCGACUCAAUGAAUCCACAGGUCUGGUUGAUUAUGACAAGCUUGAGGAAAUGGCUGACCGAUUUAAACCAAAACUCAUUAUUGCUGGGGCUAGUGCUUAUCCUCGAGAUUUUGACUAUCCUCGCAUGAGGAAGAUCGCGGAUGCUGUUGGUGCUUUUCUUAUGAUGGACAUGGCUCACAUAAGUGGGCUUGUUGCUGCUUCUGUGCUUGCAAAUCCUUUUGACUACUGCGAUAUUGUGACCACAACAACACACAAGUCUUUAAGAGGCCCAAGAGGUGGAAUGAUCUUCUUCAAGAAAGAUCCGGUUCUUGGGGUCGAUUUAGAAUCUGCCAUCAACAAUGCUGUUUUUCCAGGUUUACAGGGUGGUCCUCAUAACCACACUAUCGGGGGCCUUGCAGUUUGCCUGAAGUAUGCACAGUGCCCAGAAUUUAAGGCUUACCAGAACCAGGUGGUCUCUAAUUGUAGGGCUCUUGCAAGUCGAUUGACUGAACUUGGAUACAAACUAGUUUCUGGUGGAAGCGAUAACCAUCUGGUUCUUGUGGAUCUGCGGCCUUUAGGUAUUGAUGGAGCUCGAGUAGAGAAAAUUCUUGACAUGGCUUCUAUCACCCUUAACAAGAAUUCAGUACCCGGUGAUAAGAGUGCUGUAGUGCCGGGCGGCAUUCGCAUUGGAUCGCCUGCCAUGACGACGAGAGGGUUCACAGAGAAAGAAUUCGUAGCAGUUGCCGACUACAUUCAUGAGGGCGUGCAGAUAACAAUAGAUGCCAAACGCACGGUUCUAGGACCGAAGCUCCAAGACUUUAUGAAGUUUGUAGCUUCCCCGGAGUUCUCUCUAAAGGAUCGAGUGUCCGAUCUGCAGACAAGAGUUGAAGCUCUUACCACCCGGUUCCCAAUGCCUGGCGUAUAACCGGUAUAGCAACAUCUGGUCAAUCUUCCAAUAAGGGAGUUCAAGUUUAAUCACUCAUGUUGUACUUGUGAUACGGUUCUAUGAAACCGUAAACUCUUAAUCCAACGGCUUCAGAUUUGAGUGAUUUUUGGUUUUGCGUA